AUGGGCGUCCCUAACGGCAACCAGCCGUCUAACGGCCAUGGCAGCUCCAAUGCCGCCAAAUACGACCUCCCUUCACAUUUCAUCGGUGGCAACCACCUCGAAGUAGCACCUCCGAGCUCCGUGAAGGACUUCGUUGCCCAGAAUGGCGGUCACUCCGUCAUCACGUCGGUGCUUAUCGCCAACAACGGUAUCGCCGCCGUCAAGGAGAUCCGCUCAGUGAGGAAAUGGGCCUACGAGACCUUUGGCAACGAGCGUGCCAUCCAGUUCACCGUCAUGGCCACCCCCGAGGAUCUUACUGCCAAUGCCGACUACAUCCGCAUGGCUGACCAAUACGUCGAGGUUCCCGGCGGAACGAAUAAUAAUAAUUAUGCCAACGUCGAGCUGAUCGUCGAUGUUGCCGAGCGCAUGGAUGUCCACGCUGUGUGGGCUGGAUGGGGUCACGCCUCCGAGAAUCCUCGGUUACCCGAGUCCCUGGCGGCGUCGCCCAAGAAGAUCAUCUUCAUUGGUCCUCCUGCCUCUGCCAUGCGCUCACUGGGUGACAAGAUCUCUUCCACUAUUGUCGCACAGCAUGCUGGUGUGCCCUGUAUCCCCUGGUCGGGAACCGGUGUCGAAGAGGUGACGAUUGACGACAAAGGAAUUGUAACAGUCGAGGACGAUGUCUACUCCCGCGGCUGCACAUUCUCCCCCGCUGAGGGUCUGGAGAAGGCCAAGCAGAUUGGUUUCCCCGUCAUGGUCAAGGCCUCCGAGGGUGGUGGUGGUAAGGGUAUCCGUAAGGUCGACAACGAGGAGGAUUUCGUCGCUCUGUACAAUGCGGCCGCUAACGAGAUCCCCGGUUCCCCCAUCUUCAUCAUGAAGCUGGCUGGUAACGCCCGCCACUUGGAGGUACAGCUGCUCGCUGAUCAGUACGGUAACAACAUUUCCCUCUUCGGCCGUGACUGCUCUGUCCAGCGUCGCCACCAGAAGAUUAUUGAGGAGGCCCCCGUCACCAUUGCCAAACAACCCACUUUCCAGGCUAUGGAGAAGGCUGCUGUCAGCCUGGGUCGUUUGGUUGGUUACGUGUCUGCCGGUACCGUCGAGUACCUAUACUCGCACUCCGAUGACAAGUUCUACUUCCUCGAGUUGAACCCCCGUCUUCAGGUCGAGCAUCCCACCACUGAGAUGGUCUCGGGUGUCAACCUUCCCGCUGCCCAGCUCCAGAUUGCCAUGGGUAUUCCUCUGCACCAGAUCCGCGACAUUCGUCUCCUGUACGGUGUUGACCCCAACACCACCGGCGAGAUCGACUUCGAUUUCUCCAGCGAGGAGAGUCUCACGACUCAGCGCCGGCCUCAGCCCAAAGGACACACCACUGCUUGCCGUAUCACUUCUGAGGAUCCCGGCGAGGGCUUCAAGCCUUCCAGUGGUACCAUGCACGAGCUGAACUUCCGCAGUUCUUCUAACGUUUGGGGCUACUUCUCCGUCGGUACUGCUGGUGGUAUCCACAGUUUCUCCGACAGUCAGUUCGGUCACAUUUUCGCCUAUGGUGAGAACCGUUCUGCCUCGCGCAAGCACAUGGUUGUCGCUCUGAAGGAGUUGAGCAUUCGUGGUGACUUCCGUACCACCGUUGAGUACCUCAUCAAGCUGCUGGAGACUCCCGCUUUCGAGGACAACACCAUCACUACCGGCUGGCUUGACCAGCUUAUCUCCAACAAGUUGACAGCCGAGCGUCCUGACCCUAUUGUCGCUGUUAUCUGUGGUGCUGUCACCAAGGCUCACCUUGCCAGCGAGGCUGGUAUUGAGGAGUACCGCAAGGGUCUAGAGAAGGGUCAGGUUCCUUCAAAGGACGUCCUGAAGACCGUCUUCCCUGUGGACUUUAUCUACGAGGGUGCCCGCUACAAGUUCACUGCCACCCGUGCCAGUCUGGACAGCUACCACCUGUUCAUCAAUGGUUCCAAAUGCUCCGUUGGUGUCCGUGCUCUGGCCGACGGUGGUCUGCUAGUUCUGCUCAGCGGCCGCAGUCACAAUGUCUACUGGAAGGAGGAGCCUGCUGCCACCCGUCUGAGUGUGGAUGGCAAGACUUGCCUUUUGGAGCAGGAGAAUGACCCCACUCAGCUUCGCUCCCCCUCCCCCGGUAAGUUGGUCAAGUUCACUGUCCAGAACGGUGAGCACAUCCGUGCUGGCCAGGCCUACGCCGAGGUUGAGGUCAUGAAGAUGUACAUGCCUUUGAUUGCUCAGGAGGAUGGUAUGGUGCAGCUCAUCAAGCAGCCCGGGGCCACUCUGGAGGCUGGUGAUAUCCUCGGUAUCCUCGCCCUGGAUGACCCUUCGCGUGUUAAGCAUGCCCACCCCUUCACUGGCCAGCUGCCCGACCUCGGCCCUCCCGUCGUUGUCGGUAUGAAACCCCCGCAGCGCUUCUGGUUGCUGUACACUAUUCUUGAGAACAUCCUCCGUGGUUUCGACAACCAGGUCAUUAUGGGUGACACUCUGAAGGAGCUCGUUGAGGUUCUCCGUAACCCCGAGCUUCCUUACGGAGAGUGGAAUGCUCAGUCAUCCGCCCUGCACUCGCGCAUGCCCCAGAAGCUGGAUGCUCAGCUCGAGGGUGUUGUUGAGAAAGCCAAGUCUCGCAAGGCCGAGUUCCCUGCUAAGCAGCUCCAAAAGACCAUUUCUCGUUUCAUUGAGGAGAACGUCAACCCUGCCGAUGCCGAGAUCCUCAAGGCCACUCUCUCGCCUUUGAUUCAGGUAAUCAACAAGUACUUGGAUGGCUUGAAAACCAACGAGUACAACGUCUUCAUUAGCCUGUUGGAGCAGUACUGCGAUGUGGAGAAGCUGUUCUCCACUGGUACCAAGCGUGACGAGGAUGUCAUUCUCAAGCUCCGUGAGGAGAACAAGGAGGAGAUCACCAAGGUCGUUCACACUGUCCUCUCUCACAGCCGUGUUGGCUCCAAGAACAACCUGGUUCUGGCCAUUCUAGAAAUGUACCGCCCCAACCAGCCCAACCUGGGCAAUGUCAGCAAGCACUUCAAGCCUAUCCUGAAGAAGCUUACUGACCUCGAGGCUCGCUCCACCGCUAAGGUCACCCUGAAGGCCCGUGAAGUUCUCAUCCAGUGCGCUAUGCCCUCGCUGGAGGAGCGCCUGUCCCAGAUGGAGCAUAUCCUGCGCUCCUCUGUUGUCGAGUCCCGCUACGGCGAGACCGGGUGGGACCACCGUGAGCCCGAUGCUGGUAUCUUGAAGGAGGUUGUCGACUCCAAAUACACCGUCUUCGAUGUGCUUCCUCGCUUCUUCGUCCACCAGGACCCUUGGGUCACCCUUGCUGCUCUGGAGGUCUAUGUCCGCCGUGCUUACCGUGCGUACACUGUCAAGAGCCUUGACUACAGCGCCGCUGGUGAGCCUCCCCUCCUGUCUUGGGACUUCACCCUCGGCAAGCUGGCCCAGCCUGAGUUCGGCCCUAUCUCCUCCACGCAGCCCUCAGCUCCCAGCACUCCUACCGCUGAAGUCAACCCCUUCAAGCGCAUCAACUCCAUCAGUGACAUGUCCUAUCUGGUCAACGACCCCUCCACUGACCUUAUCCGCCGUGGUGUUAUCAUCCCCGUGCAGUACUUGGAGGAUGCCGAGGAAUUCCUGUCUAAGGCUCUGGAGGCCUUCCCCCGCCCUGGUGCCAAGGCUCAGAAGGCUGAUAACGGCCUGAUUGCCAACCUCGAGGGCAAGCGUCGCCCUGCCCCCUCUGGUGCCAAGGAGAACGAUGACGAGCUUACUGGUGUCCUCAACAUUGCUAUCCGUGACAUUGAGGAGCAGGAUGACUCCCAGAUCGCCACCCAGAUGCAGAACUUGUUGGCUGACAACAAGGAGGAGCUGCUUUCCCGCCGUAUCCGCCGUGUGACCUUCAUUUGUGCCAAGAACGGUGUCUAUCCCGGAUACUUCACCUUCCGUGGACCCAACUACGAGGAGGAUGAGAGCAUUCGUCACAACGAGCCUGCUCUUGCCUUCCAGCUUGAGCUCGGCCGUCUGUCCAAGUUCAAGAUCAAGCCCGUCUUCACUGAGAACCGUAACAUCCACGUCUACGAGGCGCUUGGAAAGGGUCCCGAGAGCGACAAGGCCGUCGACAAGCGCUACUUCGUUCGCGCUGUCGUUCGUCCUGGUCGUCUGCGCGAUGACAUUCCCACUGCUGAGUACCUGAUCUCAGAGGCUGAUCGUCUGAUGAACGAUAUUCUGGAUGCUCUUGAGAUCAUUGGCAACAACAACUCUGAUCUUAACCACAUCUUCAUCAACUUCUCCCCCGUCUUCAACCUGCAGCCCAUCGAUGUCGAGCAGGCCCUUGCCGGCUUCCUUGACCGCUUCGGCCGUCGCCUAUGGCGCCUCCGUGUCACCGGAGCUGAGAUCCGCAUUCUUUGCACUGAUCCCUCCACCGGUAUGCCCUACCCUCUCCGUGUCAUUAUCAGCAACACCUACGGUUUCAUUAUCCAGGUUGAGCUGUACAUUGAGCGUAAGUCCGAGAAGGGCGAGUGGAUCUUCCAGAGCAUUGGUGGCACUACCAAGCUCGGCUCCAUGCACAUGCGCCCCGUGUCUACUCCUUACCCUACCAAGGAGUGGCUGCAGCCCAAGCGUUACAAGGCCCACCUCAUGGGAACUCAGUACGUGUACGAUUUCCCCGAGCUGUUCCGCCAGGCCUUUCAGAAUGCUUGGACCAAGGCUGUUGCGGAUAUCCCCUCGCUCUCUUCUCAGCGCCCCGCUAUCGGCGAGUGCAUUGACUACAGUGAGCUAGUAUUUGAUGACACCGAUAACUUGGUUGAGGUCUCCCGUGAGCCUGGUACCAACUCUCACGGUAUGGUCGGCUGGCUCGUCACUGCCCGUACCCCGGAGUACCCCAAGGGCCGUCGCUUCAUCAUUGUUGCCAACGACAUCACCUUCCAGAUCGGUUCGUUCGGUCCCCAGGAAGACAAGUUCUUCCACAAGUGCACUGAACUCGCUCGCAAGCUUGGCAUCCCGCGUAUCUACUUGUCUGCCAACUCCGGUGCCCGUAUCGGUAUGGCCGAUGAGCUGCUCCCGUACUUCUCUGUUGCCUGGAAUGAUGCCUCCAAACCUGAGGCUGGCUUCAAGUACCUCUACCUCACCCCCGAGGUCAAGAAGCGCUUCGAUGCUAGCAAGAAGAAGGAAGUCAUCACCGAGCUCAUCCACGAUGAGGGUGAGGAUCGCUACAAGAUCACCACUAUCAUUGGUGCCAAGGACGGACUUGGUGUUGAGUGUCUGAAGGGCUCCGGUCUCAUUGCCGGUGCUACUUCCAAGGCCUACGAGGACAUCUUCACCAUCACCCUGGUUACGUGCCGUUCCGUCGGUAUCGGUGCUUAUCUUGUCCGCCUUGGUCAGCGUGCUAUCCAGGUUGAGGGCCAGCCUAUCAUUCUGACUGGUGCUCCUGCCAUCAACAAGCUGCUCGGUCGUGAGGUCUACACCUCCAACCUGCAGCUUGGUGGUACCCAGAUCAUGUACAAGAACGGUGUUUCCCACAUGACCGCGGCUGAUGACUUCGACGGUGUUCGCAAGAUCAUUGAGUGGAUGGCCUUCGUUCCCGACAAGAAGGGUGCUCCCAUCCCCAUCCGCCCUUGGUCUGAUAACUGGGACCGUGAUGUCGCCUACUACCCGCCUCCCAAGCAGCCCUAUGAUGUCCGCUGGCUCAUUGGUGGCAAGCAGGACGUGGAGGGCUUCCUCCCCGGUCUGUUCGACAAGGACUCCUUUGAGGAGUCUCUCGGCGGUUGGGCUCGCACUGUCGUUGUCGGUCGUGCCCGCCUUGGUGGCAUCCCCAUGGGUGUCAUCGCUGUCGAGACUCGCUCUGUCGAGAACGUCACUCCUGCCGACCCUGCCAACCCCGACUCUAUGGAGAUGAUCACCCAGGAGGCUGGUGGUGUCUGGUACCCCAACUCCGCGUACAAGACCGCUCAGGCUCUUCGUGACUUCAACAACGGUGAGCAGCUGCCCGUCAUGAUCCUUGCCAACUGGAGAGGUUUCUCUGGUGGUCAGCGUGACAUGUACAACGAGGUCCUCAAGUACGGUUCGUACAUCGUCGAUGCCCUCGUCAAGCAUGAGCAGCCCAUCUUCGUCUACAUUCCCCCUCACGGUGAGCUCCGUGGUGGAUCUUGGGUCGUUGUUGACCCCACUAUCAAUCCCGACCAAAUGGAGAUGUAUGCCGAUGAAGAGUCUCGCGGUGGUGUUCUCGAGCCCGAAGGUAUCGUAAACAUCAAGUACCGCCGCGACAAGCAGCUCGACACCAUGGCUCGCCUGGACACGACCUACGGUGACCUCCGCCGCUCCCUCGAAGACAGCUCCCUCACCAACGAGCAGCUGACCGAGAUCAAGACCAAGAUGGCCGUCCGCGAAGAGCAGCUCCUGCCCGUCUACCUGCAGAUCGCCCUCCAGUUCGCCGACCUGCACGACCGCGCCGGCCGCAUGCAAGCCAAGAACACCAUUCGCAAGCCUCUGAAGUGGCAGAACGCUCGCCGCUUCUUCUACUGGCGCCUGCGCCGCCGUCUCAGCGAACAGCUGAUCGUCAAGCGUAUGGUCGCCGCUACCGCCACCCCUGCUCCCCUCAACGGUGCCGGCGGCGCCAUCCCCUCCACCGGUAUUGCCUCCACCAGCACCGAGUCGCCCGGUGCCGCUCACCUCCGCACUCUGCACGCUUGGACUGGCAUGCUGGACGAGGAACUCGAGCACGAUGACCUCAAGGUUGCCACCUGGUAUGAGGAGAACAAGAAGGCCGUGCACAAUAAGGUUGAGGCCAUGCGCACGGAAGGCGUUGCCUCUGAAGUUGCGCAGCUGCUUAUCGGAAACAAGGAGGGUGGUCUCCGUGGUGUGCAGCAGGUGCUUUCUAUGCUGCCUGUUGAGGAGCGCGAGAAUGUGCUCAAGUUCCUUGGAUCCGCAUAA